UCCCAGAAAAGAUGUUAAAAAAGGAUCCUUAUUAUUUAGCAAAACCGGAGAUUGUAAAGCUCCCGCCUUCUCUUUCGGCUCCUUUCUUCACGGCAGGCUCGUAAUUUUACAGGAUCAAUCAGUUGAGAUUAGCGGCUACUGUUCCAGGGAAAAUGCAAGACCGGCGCCACCUCUCGUUCCCUCCCUCGCUCGCCAUUCAAAUACCUUCCAACCUCUUGCUGACAUUUCAUCCCACCGCCACACCACCACUGUCCGGUUGAUUGCCAUGAGAGCCCAGCUCGCUCUAGCGCUUCUUCUCUCCCUCGCGGUUACCUCCACCAGCCCCCUCGCUGUCGCCGACGAUCUUGACUAUGGUGGUGGAGUGAAGAAAUCUGAUGCCGCCUCGGACGUCUCCGCCAGUGCCGAGACGAAACCCGAGGCCGACUCCUACGUCCCCGCCAGCGUUGAGAAGAAACCCGAAGCCGUCGCAGCCCAGAAUAAACCCGAAGCUGCCUCUGAUGUCUCUACCAGCGCUGAGAAGAAACCCGAGGCCGACUCCUACGUCUCCGCCAGCACCGAGAAGAAACCUGAAGCCGCCUCUGACGUCUCCGCCAGCGCCGAAAAGAAACCCGAGGCUGCCUCCGACGUCUUUGCCAAUGCAGAGAGGAAACCAGAGGCUGACUCCUACGUCUCCGCUAGCGCUGAAAAGAAACCCGAAGUCGUCUCCGCCAGCGCCGAGAAGAAACCUGAAGCCGCCUCCGAUGUUUCCGCCAGCGCUGAGAAGAAAUCCGAAGCCACCCCUGAGAAGAAACCUGAGGCCGACUCCUACGUCUCCACUAGCGCCGAGAAGAAACCUGAAGCUGCUGACUCCUACGUCUCCGCCAGCGCUGAGAAGAAACCUGAAGCCAACUCUGACGUCUCCGCCAACAUCGAGAAGAAAACCGAAGCCGCCCCCGAGAAGAAACCUGAGGCAGAAUCCUAUGUCUCUGCCAACGCUGAGAAGAAACCCGAAGCCGCCUCUGACGUCUCUGCCAGCGCUGAGAAGAAACCUGAGGUCGCCACUGACGCCUCUGCUAGCCCUGAGAAGAAACCUGAAGCCGUCUCCGACGUUUCCGCUAGCAUGGAGAAGAAACCCGAAGUCGUCGCCGACUACGCCGGUGCUAAGAAGAAACCUGAUGUCGCCCGCGACAAUGUUGUUGUAGAGAAGAAUCCGGUAAGCUCCUCUGGCUAUGCCGACAUGGAGAAGAAACCUGAAGGUGCCACCAAGGCCGCCGGGAAGAAGAAAUCCGAGGUUGCCUCCGAGAAGAAAUCCAAAAAAAAGAGCGAGCCCUCCCAAUCUUCCACAACCGAGAAGAAACCCAAAGGGAAAAACGACCAUGGUACCGAGAAGAAGUCGAAAGGCAAGAAGGACGCCUCUGGAUACACCGGUGCAGAGAAGAAACGAAAAGCAAAAGUAGAUUCCCCCAAGAAGGCUGGGGCCAAGAAGAAACCAGAGAUGCUAAAGAAGGAAGAGCCUAAGAAGAAUGACAAGCCCAAGUCGUCGGCGCCGGCCACAACUGAUGCUUACGUCGCACCGAAGGAAGAGAUGAAGAAGCCAGAAGCUGCCACGCCCGAUACCUACACCGCACCAAAGGUGGAACCAAAGAAGGAGGAGCCAAAGGUACCAGCAGCCGACACCACCGAUAGAUAUGCCGCGCCAAAGAAGGCCCAACCGGAGACGUCGGCGGCUCCAACAUCUGAUAGCUACACCGUGUCGAAGAAUGCUCAGCCGGAGACACCGGUAGCUAGCACAACCGACAACUAUGCUGCGCCAAAGACUGCCAAGCCGGAGACGGAGGCGGCCAGCACAACCGACAGUUAUGCUGCGCCGAAGACUUCCCAGCCAGAGACACCAGCGGCCGAAACAACCGAUGCCUAUGCUGCGCCGAGACCGAGGCCGUGGAACAAGAAGAUUGGCCAUUUGCCCCCGCCGCACGUGUAA